AUGGGCCCCCUUUUAAAAGGGCUUUUUAAGUGCGUUCGCUCUCUGGCUUAUAGGCCUGCUCUGAAAAUUGGCGACGCCGACGACGACGAGAGAAAGAAGCCGGCACCCGCAGGGUGGAAUAGCCUACCCCUCGAGCUGUGCAUCCAAGUAUGGCAACAUCUUGCCGACUCGGGCGAGCCUCUCGCCUCACACGCGACCGUCUGCCGGGAAUGGCAGCGCCACCUCGAGAAGCACACCUUUGGCACCCUCAAUGUCAAGUCGUCCGACAUCGACACCUUUCGAGACGUCGUCCGAGGCGAACGCCGCAAGCACGUCCGCCGCAUCAACCUCAUCAUCGAGCUCCCCGACAAAAGCGUCCGCCCGGCUCGGCAGUCGUUCCCCCCCGGGCUCCAGGAUCCCGGUCCCUUUUGGACGACGGGAGUUCCGGCCUUGGUCGUGCGCGAGAUGCUGGAGCUUACCCUCCCAGGCUUCAGAGAGAAGGCCCUUAUGAGUGCCUUCAUCUUCUCGCAACGAUUUGACAAUAACGUCGCCUUUACCCACUCGUUGUGGUUCUUCUUUCACGCCUUGAGUCUCUGGGAUCCCCACGACGACGCCUCUCCCUGGGGACUAGCAGUCUAUAUCAUCGCGCCGACGUUUAGCCUCUGGCAACGCGAAGCGGCAGCCGCCAAGAGCAUUAUCCAGGCAAAUCCAACCUUGCAGCUGGCAGGAACGCCCACCGAUUCCUGGUUGCCGCCCCCACUGAGGGACCAGAUAAUCCGAUCGGCCGAGAGAGAUUUCAACGUCAACCUCGACUGGAACUUCAGCCAGCUGUUUCGCCACGCGACCGAGGGCUCCGCCAAAUCCUUCCCCGUGGCGCCGGUCGUGACUAGCCUGUGUGUCCCGAGCCUCACAGUCCGCAAAACCGCACCAAAAGUCCUCUUCGACUUGCUCCUUCGCCUUCCGUCGGUACGAGACUUUGUGUGGGAGAUCUGGCCGCACGCCACGAUAGACGACAAGAUCGACUUCGAAUACGAUGUCUACGACGGACUCCGACGUCUCGAGUGUGCCUCUGCAGCUCGUCGUCUCGCCCACAUUCGGCUGCACCAGGUGCAAGAGUAUGACUUUGAUCGGCCAGUCUACCUCGACCAGCACGUGAGACAGAGGUGCAACUCGCCUGAACUUGGUGCUGAGCUCGCCCUUAUGGCUAGGCGCCUGAGGCACGUCGAAAUUCUGUACCGCGUCGGCACGCACCCCUUCUUGUGCGGGACGUGCGCCUAUACGCCAGUGGCCGUGCCUAGAGAGAGUGUGUACUGGGAGACUCUGCAGCGGCUCACGCUCCUGCUCGGUGAAGAUAUCAUCGAUGAAGCCCCGGCGAUGGACCAUGAGGUGCUUUACCAUGCGGUCCGCGCGACAUCGAGGAUGCCCAAUCUUAGGGGACUGGUGCUGUACAACGCGAACCAAGGGACAGAUCAAGACUAUGCACUGGUCAGUUACAUGGUGCAACCAGACAGGUCAGCCACUAUCUGCGUGCGAUGCACUUGGGAGUUCGAGUUGGGUACGAGAUUGUGGCGGGCCUGGGAGCACACAGGCCGCGAGCUGCAUUUCGACAUUAAAAGAGCGACGACGGCAGAGACUCGAUACCUAAUCAAGUACCAUGCGAGGAAGAACAGCGCCGCAUAG